UUCCUUCCGAGUGCACCAGAUCGAUUCUGUAACCCACGUCUGCCGGAAAUUGAGAUAAUCAUUUUCUAACCUCAACUUCUCCAACCGCGUCAAAACAGGUUUUUAGCGAACUUUUUACUCAUUUAUGGGACAGCGUACCCAGUGUUUUUGGUUUGUAGACAGGAAAACGUAAAACCAACUAGCUCAGAGGGAGUUUCUCAGUUUCGGUUACAUAUCACAAACACACAAAAUGAAAGCGACCAACUUUAGACCGGAAAUCAAACCAAACAAUCCUCUGAACCAAAUCCAGCGAAAGAGAGAAAAUUAAACAAACAGAAGUUGUUAGAAACAGAUGUAACCUAUGAUAACAGAAGAAACAAAACUGAACUAUAUUUGUGACGACCAUUUAGUAGUUGAAGUAGCCAGAUGAAGACAAACCAGAGACGAGUACUUUCAAAAAAAAAACCGUUACAAGAAGGUCCUAUACACCAAAACGUAGUUGACGAUUAUGUAGAAGAUGGCAUAGAAGAACCAGAUCCCAAUAGAAUCCAUUCGAAGAGAAAACUAUUGCAACCUAAGGAAGAAAAAGUUCGAUAAACCAAAACUGAUUAAUUAAGCAGAGUAAAACAUGAGCAAAGAUUGUACCUACCUACAUAGUUGAUGCAGUUGACCCAGAAAACCGAUGAUGCAGUUGACCUAGAAAACCGAACAACUGUGUUAUGCGUGGCCUGUACUGAUUGCUAGGACGUGGCUAUGUCUACAGGGACAAGCAUUGGUGGAAAGAGACGAACCAGCCAAGGGCUGAAAGUCUCUAUAAUAAAGGUAAAUCAAUCAAUCAAUCAAGCAUUGGUGGAGGCAAGCUCCUCCUCUAUCUUUCUCUUUCUCGUGUAUGUCAGGAGAGUGAGCAAGAUAAAAGAAAAUGUUGGUACCGCCAAUGACGACAAGCCUAUACUUUAGUUGCACUCUUAGCAUAGAGAGAAACACAACAAUUGAGUCAGCGUUUCCCAUGUCUGGCUUAAGGAGUGACUCAAAUAAUUCUUCAGAAAUGAUUUUUUGGUAACCUUUUUAAGAAUUUCCAGGGACAUUUAUCCAGAAAUCACUUGAGUAACCAAGAAUUUCUCCACCACAUCGUUCGAAAAACAUCCAGAACUUGAGCAAGAUUAAUCUGUCCUUUUUUUUUCAAGUACUCCUCGGAAGAUUUCUGCAAGGAUUCCUACACAUUUUUGGCUUUGUUGCUAGAUGGUUUGCUUUAAACCCUUUCCGGAAAAUAGUUCGAAUUACUCCUCAAGAUAGCCACGUCCUAUGAUUUAAUCUACAGAAGAGAACAGUUCUUUGAUUAACGUACAUGAAAAAAUGCAUUACAACUGGUGGCUUAACAUUAGAGACGAAAAACCCUCCUAAAAUGAACUAAAGAUCAAGAAAAUGUUAGUAAAUCCUGUUAGAUAACAUUGAUAUACUGCAAAGAACACUACAAACACGAUGAACUUAUUGAAAUGAUAUAGGAAAAUAACAGAAAAUCCUUUAAAACUGUGAGUUAGAAAUCAAACCAAGCAAAUCGUAUGUUACCGUUGAGUGUACCGCUUUAGAAUACCUUUAGAAACGGAAGGCAGAUCCAAACAUGGAUCCCCAUAAAACCACAUACAUAAAAAGGCGUAUCUUUAGAUCAUCAUCAUAGAUCGACGAAGCAAAAGUAUCACCCCAAGAAACUGCAAUUGGGAGUCCCCUUUUACUAGUAAAGUAGCGAGGAUGGCUCUAACAGGACACGGGAAGUGCAACUUUGAAUGCAAGAUCAUUAUUGAACAAAACAGACGGAAAUAUAGUGAUUCUCGAACCCCUGCGCGUGCUACAUUAACUCAACGCCCCUCCGAACGAUCCAAGCAGCCUUGGCUGCCACCCCCCACUUGUCACAAUUUUUCCCAAAACUCUCGGCAACCGGACAUUUUGAACGACUUCAAAAUUGGCCGCCCCUUUCCCGCCUUUUUCCCGCCUAAGCGUUCGAAUCCCGGUGGAAUAAAAUUACUCCAAAUUGUUCUGCUGCUUCUGCUCGAUUGGGUCCUGCUAGCCGCACUGGUUCUGCUGCUGCGUGGCGUCCGAAGAAUGAACGACUAUCUGCAGAACAUUCUGCACAACGACAUCUCCGAUCUCAAGAGAGAAUUCCCACUGUUUGAGACGGCCGAUACGUUCGAAGCGCAUCAAGCUCGGCAGCACCGAGCUCACAAGCAGCUGUGGACUAACAACGUUGUUGGUAAUAGUACGCCGGAUGAGGACUUCUCGGAGCAGACAGAAUCGUCGACUUCGCCUUCGAAAGCACUGGUAGCUGUCGCCUCGGAGGCAGCUUCGACGCGGACCUUGGACCUGAUCCAGCUGGAACCGAUAUCCAUUGUGUCCGAAAAAAAGAAUCCCCAAAUCGUGAACGUCAAGCAAACCUUCCGCUUCCCGAACAACUUCAUCACCAAAAAGAAUUCGUUCCACGCGUGCGGCAGCACCAGCCGUCGCCCAGUGGUCCCUCGCCAUAUGUACAGCCAGACGAGUAAAACCAUUGUCGAACUCUACGACGCCCAAAAGCGCGAAAACGAAGUCCGCCAAAUUCUGUCGCCACACAUGGCCCGCUCUGAAGACCGUUGCUCCGACAGUGAACUGUCCUCGGACGAACGCAGCAACCCCGUUCGUGGUGGCGGUGGUGGUCGAAACACGUCCUACACCGUGCUGAAUGGUGACCCAUCCAAGAAGCCUCACCACAAAUCCAACGCCCGGCCCGUAGACAUGGUGAUGAUCAAACCGAAAAACCAUCGACCAGGUACAGCCACCACAUCGUACUUUGCUGCCAAGAAGAAACGACCCACUUCUAAGAGGAAGUAUACGCGAAGCAUUCGGUCGAGGGACCGAUUUUCGCUGCUGACUAUGAAGUCACCGAAGCGGAAGACCAGGUUCCCGCCGUCCAAGGUGGAGACGAUGAACGACGAGUUGAGCACCGACAAGGCUGCGUACGGAGAUGACUCACUGAAUAUAACGUCCGAAAGUAGUAAUCCAUCGAACGAUUCGUUGGACGAGGAGUGUUCAACAUUCGGAGAGUUCCAAAUCAAUAAGAUCAUCGACAAACUUCAGGAUCACAUGUGGGAGGUUACCCUGCAGGGGAUUCGUGAACUGAUGGACACGGCUAACCAGAUCGAUUGGAAAAAGCACGAGAAGCAUAUGACUGUGAUCAAUCGGAAAAUGAUCGACUUCCUGAAGAGUCCGCGAUCGUCCCUUUGUCGAUCGGCUUGUCAAGCCGCCGGGGAGCUGUUCCGGGAAGCAAAGUCUACGAAACGGCCGGAGUUUGACGAAAUUGUGGAUAUCUUGCUGUGCAAGACGGCCGACCCAAACAGGUUCAUCCAGAAGGACGCCAACGUGGCACUGGACAAACUGGUGACGUACAUUCCCAGUUCGCACUCGGUGAGGGCGCUGUCCGCGAGGGGUCCAAUCCACAAGAAUCCACUGGUGCGAACGGCUACGGCUCGGCUGCUGGUUUGUAUUUGCGCGCUGUCCGGGUUGGAUGCCAUUCUGGGUACCAACGCGAAUCCAAGAACUCGGAAGGCUAUUUUGUCCAUGCUGGCGAAGUUUUUGACCGAUAAGAAUUUGGAGACGAGGAAAUUCGGAGAACGGAUGUACAAGAUGCUGCGGAAGCACAAGUUCUUCAACGAGUACUUCUACAAGGACAUGGACAGCAACUGCAAGAACAACCUGAAGCGGAUGCUGAAGGGAAUUUGAUCAGGAGUCAGAAGAGUAAGAUUAACAGCUAUUUAUAUGAUUGUUAUUAAAUUUACGUGAAAGUGA